CAUUUAUACCACAUUACAUGAACAUUUUACUUAUACAUUUACCAACCUUUUCAUGUAUUUAGCGGCUGACAGACUCAUGUACGGAAGUAGUUAGCCUGUUAGCUGCUGUUGCUAAUUAAGCUAACUUCAUCCCGCUAACACACUUUUAAAUAUUGUAACGGCGCCUAUUCAAAUAAUUUGUUGCAACGUACUUUAGUGUUAUUGUUUUAAAGAGAUUUCUUGUGUGGUUCAACGUGUAAACAUCGCCGAACAUUGUUCAGGUCAAGAUGAGUCUGAGAAAACAGACCCCCAGUGACUUUCUGAAGCAGAUAAUCGGUAGGCCUGUGGUGGUCAAACUGAACUCUGGCGUUGAUUACAGAGGGGUUUUGGCCUGCCUCGAUGGUUACAUGAACAUUGCUAUCGAGCAGACAGAAGAGUAUGUCAAUGGGCAGCUCAAGAACAAGUAUGGGGAUGCCUUUUUGAGAGGAAACAACGUUCUGUACAUCAGCACCCAGAAGAGGAAGGUUUAGCAGAAGUAAUUUUUCAUUUAUUUUAUUGUCAGUGAUGUUUUAGAAAACAACAGUUUGUUUUUCUGUGGUUCUGUAAAGCUGAAAUUAUUUUCUAAAAAUGACAUAAGUUAAUAAAUUGUGAAUUUCAUUUACAUUUUCACACUGUUAUGACAAAAAUAAAAUUCUGUUGAAUGGCUUGUA